AGUAAAGAGUGCGGAAUAACGGGAAGCUGCGCUGGACUCGCAGUUUCUUACAAACAAACAAGUAGGCAUGGACGAGUCGCUGCAGCUGGGAGACAACGGAUUCCCGAAAAAUGUUGUUAAAUCUGGCAGAAGAGCUCGCCAGGCAGCCGACAUGAUGGGCACAGAAGAGUCGCGGCCCGGGCGCAAAGCUUCCUCCUCCGGGACCUCCACGACUGGAGAGGGACCCCCACCAAAGCCACCUCGCCGACAGGGAGGUUGGGCUGAGGAGACCACUGGAUCGGGUUCUGCCAAAUCUGGAAGAAGGCAAGGUGCUGAGGAGGUUGAGGACCGGCGGCUGAGACCACAGACCCCCGAGGGCUCUGAUGAUGAGAGCGACAUUCCUGUGAUUCCUGAUCUGGAUGAGGUGCAAGAAGAAGACCUCACUAUGCAGGUGGCCGCACCUCCAAGCAUCCAGGUGAACAGAGUGAUGACCUACAGGGACCUGGAUAAUGAUCUUAUGAAGUACUCUGCGUUCCAAACUCUGGAUGGCGAAAUUGACCUGAAGCUCCUCACCAAGGUUUUAGCUCCAGAGCAGGAGGUGAGAGAGGAGGAUGUUGGCUGGGACUGGGAUCAUCUAUUUACGGAGGUGUCGUCCGAGCUGCAGACGGAAUGGGAUCAAGGAGAGAGAGAGGAGCAGUCUCCUCUUCCUGUGGCCUGAGGAUAGAUGACUUUCAGUGAAAGGCCAGUGUCGUUCGUUACACUCUAGUGAGCCUCUUCUUGUGCCCAGCUGGGUGCACGUCUGAGUUACACCUGUAUAUUUGGAUUCAUCGUAUUAUUGUUCAUAUUGAAUUUUUGACUUGAUUAAUUGUCCUUUUUGUGGCAUGUCUUGAUACUUUGAUGCAACCUUCUCAUUAAAAGGCCGAAACCCUGAA